AAAACUUUUUUGUGAGCCUUAGGGAAUUCUCUGGAAAAUGUACUCGAAGGUUACAUUCCCAACUCAGAAGACUUUGGGGCAUGCUGUAUUUUAAGAGGACAAUUUGUAAGUUCGACUAUAAAGGAAGCUGAGGCCAUGUUUUGAUGAUUAUGGUUAUUUUUCCGCUCUAAUUCUAAUGUGCUAUAAGCAGUUAUGUGUCCCACUGCAAAAUAAAAAGCAGCUAGCACAUGCAAAUGUAGUAUCUGUCUUUCAGUGCAAUGUGAGGGAAAGUGGGCCUCACAGGACCCCGGAUAACUGAUGGACACUCUCGCAGGCCAUGACUGGAAAGCGCUGCACCACAUUGCUGUGGGCAGGCAGGAGGAAGAGUGUCCAACCAAUAUCAUGUCCUGAAAAGCAAGCGUGCAUACCUGUGAGGAAUAGAUGACUGCCUGUACUCACCAAAUUUUUAUUGACUGGCUGAAACCCCUUAAUACGAACACAAGUAGUACUUUUAUGAGCAAAGGGAAAAGGACUUUCAACUUUGGAUAAUCCUUGCUGAACCAUGCUGAUACCUAACAAUCGUAUACUGUGAUCACAAAAGCCGUCACAGUAAGCCCACCUCUUCUGUUGGUCCAUAGUUAAUGAUUUUGUUGUCUUCAAUGCUAUGAUCAGUACUUAACACGUGUGUAUGCUUGCUGCAAGUCCAGAAUCCAAACAUCACUGGAAAUUUGGCAAAGAACAUAGCUUAAGAUAAGUCAUAGCAGCUUGCGGGGUUAAACCGCAGGCUGAGGCGGUGCCACUGGCGUCUGGAGUGCGAUGCCUUGAGCCUAGGAAACUAUGUGAAAGCAACACCCUGAACUCUAAGAGACAUCAUUCACCAUGGGACAGCAACUUUCAGAUCAGACACAAUUGGUUAUUAGCAAGUUACCAGAAAAAGUAGCAAAACACAUCACAUUGGUUGGAGAAAGUGGCUCCCUAACUUACGAAGAAUGUCUUGGAAGAGUAGCUGAACUUAACGAUGUAACUGCUAAGGUGGCUGCUGGCCAGGAAAAACAUCUUCUCUUUGAGAUACAACCUGGGUCGGAUUCCUCUGCCUUUUGGAAAGUGGUUGUACGGGUGGUCUGUACCAAGAUUAACAAAAGCACUGGCAUUGUGGAAGCAUCACGGAUCAUGAGCUUAAAUCAGUUUAUUCAGCUAUAUAAAGACACCACAAGUCAAGUGUCAGGAGUGUUGGCUCAGAGUGCCACCUCUGAGGAACCUGAUGACGCCUCAUCCUCUGUCACACCUUGUCAGGCUGGUCUGUGGAUGGGCAGGGUGAAGCAGCCGACCGAUGAGGAGGAGUGCUGUAUCUGCGUGGACGGGCGCGCUGACCUCAUCCUGCCUUGUGCUCACAACUUUUGUCAGAAGUGCGUUCAUAAGUGGAGUGAUGGACACGGGAAUUGCCCCAUUUGUCGCCUACAGAUGACUGGAGCAAAUGAGUCGUGGGUGGUGUCAGAUGCACCCAGGGAAGUGGACAUGGCGAACUAUAUUUUGAACAUGGCUGAUGAGGCAGGCCAGCCCCACAGGCCGUGACUUGGUGGGAAGACUUCCAUUUGAUACUGUGGGCUAUGGUCACUGUAGUCAUACUGAAGGAAUGGAGGGAAGUUAUGGCACACACAGGAAAAAACACUUUUUCCAACCCUCUUAUUUUUGCUACUCUGCAAUAUGUACCAUUUUAAAAUAAAUUUCCCAUGUCUUCCAUUUAUGGUAAACUAAAAUUUGCUGUUUUAGGCCAUAUAGUCCUAUGUAUCUGUUCUAAUGUGUCUUAGAACUAAUUGCUCUUGAAUUCUUUGCUAGCAGAUAAUAGCAAUAUUUCCAGAAACUUGACAGGGCAGGAGGAAUAUUUGGACAUCUUUUUGGUUAGGUUUAAAAUAAGUUGUGAAUGUUAAAAUGCUGUAGCCAUCUACAAAAAAAAAAAAGAGAGAGAGAGAGAGAUUUAAAUGGCAAAAACUG